AUGCGGUUUUUAUCAGAAAAUAUGGCACGCAGUUCAGCAGGACGUGGUGAGGGUCAAGGUGCUAGUAGGGGUCAAGGUGGUGGUCGAGGUAGCGGAUGUGGUGGGGGUCAAGGUGCUGGUCAAGGUGUUGGUAGGGGUCAGUUGCAGCACGAGCUUAAUGAUGUUGAUGAGCAUGUCGCUGCCGUUGGGCGUGGACCUGUUAUUCCAGCUCCACUACCCACAUUCGAAAAUCGCAGUUGGAUUUGGGUUGAAAAUGAUGAAUUCAAUGAUCAUGAUAAAGUUUCUCGGACCAUUGGAUCCAACUUAAAGUCUAUGUGGUUGGGUCCAUGGAAAGGAUGGAAAGAUGUUCCUUCCCAUCACCGCGAACGCUUGUUUGAGCGUUUUCAGCAAUACUAUCGAUGGGAAGAUAUUUCGAAAUCAUCAAUUCACUCAUGCUGGGAGAAGUGCAUUAAGGGGAAGUUUCCUGAUUUGUUGAAGAGGGCUCGUGAUAAAGCCAAGGCCCUUGCGAUCCAAGAGGGUGCGGAAGUUGAGAACGAUUUGACUCCAAUUCUUCCAUUUAAGCCACUGUGGAUGAGUCAAGAGUCUUGGGAAUCGCUAGUGCAUGCUUGGAAUACUGUUUCAUGGAAAAACAAAGCUUCUCAAAAUAGCGAUAACAGAGGAAAAGCAACGGGUGGCAGGCAUACCCUUGGCUCGAAGAGCUUUCUCACGGUUAGAAAAAACAUGGAGAAGACCUUGAAGCGGCGCGUCAAGUUCGGUGAAUUCUGGUUACAAACACAUGCAAAGAAAGGGUCGAGACCCCUAGAUGGGUUAUUGGGGUCUAGCAGCUCGAUUGAGCACGGUUCGGGAGAAGGCGGUGACAUGGAAGAGAACAUUCAUGAGCAUAACGUGACUAGGGUUGACACGAGGGCGAGUGAAGCUUAUGAAACUUACAAUAAAUAUGUUGUCGACAAAUAUGGAGAGGAUACCAGCUUGCAUCCGGAAAUUGACAUGGAAUUGUUGUCGCAAACUGUUGGAGGCAAGAAAAAGGGUAAAAUGUAUGGGAUCAGCACUAUCGCUGACUCGCGUGUCGUGAUGAUGGGUACACAAGAGAGAAAUGACAACAAUGAGGUGGAACGGUUGAAGGAAAAAAUAGCGGAGUUGGAACAAGAUAAGAUAGAGAAACAUGCUAUGAUGGAGAAAAUUGAAGAAGGUGCGAGGUUGCAUGCCGAAAUGAAUGAGAAAAUUCAAAUGUUGUCACAAAACCCGCCACAAAACCGGCCACCAACUUAA